UAGCUGUUUUCAAAAGUUAAAAUUCUGUAUAGAGCCAGCCCGCACAUUAUACCCUUUUCGAUGCUUUUAAUGGUAAAGGUUCGAACUUACUCGAUAACUUCUUGUAUCGAUAAGCCGCCGAUAGCACAGUGCAUAUACACAUAUGUUCAUAGUUUGUUUUGAACAAGAAUAAAACAAUAUAAGAAUGGACAAUUUGCCCAUAAAAGUGGAUCUAUCCAACUUUUUCACCGACGCUCGCAGCUGUUCUUUAGUAUUGGUUGAUGCCACAUGGCUGAAUGUCAAGGAUCUACAGAAUCACAUUCAAAAGUUGUUCCAACUGAAAAAUAUAAGUUUGUUGACCAACGAUGGAUAUUAUCUGCCACCAAAGGAAUCCAUAAAGGUACUCGUAGCCGUCGAAUCGGUCAAGGUAUUUCAACUAAAUUUUGAUGAAGAGCAAGUGGACCGCAGCCUUCAAAAUGUGGCUGAAAUAAGCAGAAAACGCAAAAAUCGUUCCGUCGAAACGGAAAUAGAGCAUAUAAGCUCCACACCCAAUUUUCCCAAGCGAUCGAAGUGCAAAACUGUUUCGCAAGAUGAAGCAACAUUUAUGGAGCCUCAAUCCAAGCUAGACAAGUCGAAUAGUGUUUGUGGAAAAGGUCCCAAAGGAAAUAAAUCCAAGAGAAAAAAUAAUGAGCUUCAGGAGGAAUCUAGAGGGCCAAAAGUGAGCAGCACACAGCUCCAUGAAGAAAUUCUUACGUCAAAUCAGUCAAUGCGCUUGCAAACAACCAAAACAGAUGCUGGAAUUCAGAGUUGUGUUAAUGCAACGAAUAGCUCCAAUAAACACAUAAUCUAUCAGGAUGAUGAAAUGGAAACGAAGACAACAAAUGCGACAGCAAAUGCGACAGCAAUGGAGACGAGCUGUCCAGCUACAAAAGAGGAUCCACAAGUUGAGUUUCGUUGUCCGCUAAUGGAGCUAAACAGUAAUUUGGUGCGCACAUUUAAACUGCCACGCAUAUCAGAACCGAUUAAAAUUUUAGAAGAUAUUGUUAUAACAGCGCCUGUAAGGCAAAUCUCUGCAGAAGCAAUCAAAGAUGUGUCAGUGAAGGAAACAGAAACAUCGACUGCAGUUGCAGCUGAAGUUGAAGUUGAAGCGGAUCAGAAACAAUCAACGCAAGUUGCUUCACCCCGUCAAGUAAAAGAGGAUUCCACUAUGCUGGAGGAGCAGUCAAUUGCCGAAGAACCAACGCCUGUUGCUGAGCAGAGUCUGUUGACAUCCGACUCAGAAGAUGAUAUUAUGGUGCUGGAUGACACGAAUUUGGAUGAUUCCAAUGAUGCGGAUGUCCAACCAGUACCAGUGCAGAAAGAUGAGUCAUUGGAUAUAAUUGCAGAUAUGUUGCAGAAUGCGGCACCAUUAACGAACCUACCAAAUGUGGGUGAAACUCUGAUCUUCAAGCUAUCCAAAUCGAGGGGUCAACACCAGACAAAGCGCUCAAAUCCUUCUCUCACCGAUUACAUUGCUGGCACCUGCUCCUAUGUCAAUCGUCGCACAAAGCUAAUAACAAUUCAUAUAAUUGCUUGUGCCAGAGGUAUUAAUCAUAUACUGCGACAAUAUGCCAACAAUUAUGAUGGUUCUUACGAUUCGAUCCCAAUCUUGAAUGUGAACCUGAAAGAACUGACCGAUGCCAAGGUAAUCGUGUCCGAGGUGGAUUAACAAUAAAGGAUUAACAUAAAGGCGUCUA